GAUGCCACCGGGCAGCUCCGUUUAAGAGAAAGCCAGGACCGCUGGAGCAGGACCCUGAGCGGUGCUCUCUGUGCUGAGCGGCGGGACCGGCUCGGAGCUGAGGCCAACAUGAGCGAGCGACAAGGAACCGGGGCAACCAACGGAAAGGACAAGACAUCGGGAGAGAAUGACGGCCAGAAGAAAGUCCAGGAGGAUUUCGACAUCGACAUGGACGCGCCCGAGACAGAGCGCGCGGCGGUGGCCAUCCAGUCUCAGUUCAGAAAGUUCCAGAAGAAGAAGGCUGGGUCCCAGUCCUAGCGGGGUGGGGGGCCCUCCUGGUCCGCCUCAGACCCGUCAAGCAGUUCGCAGAACAACGCCGCACAGAGAAGCCCACACCUCGCACACACGCACCGUGACCCCAGAUGCAUGGUACAGAAGCCGUAGCGCGGCGGCCUCCUGGGCAGGCGGAGCGGCGAGGCCGUACGCAGCUUAGUGUCUGUGUCCCCCCAGCCCCUGACUGUCCCUGCCGUUGUAAUAAAAGGUGUUGAGACAGUG